GGGGACUGCCAGGACCCGACGGUGGCUGCUUCUUCCUGGCAGGAACUACUUCACUGAUGGCCACUGGGAGCAGAAAGCAAAGGUAGCAAAUUAAUCUCUGCAAUUCUACUUACUAGCAGAGAAAUGGUAAAGGUGGAUGGGGAUAAGGUUCUGCAUUAAAGCAGCAGCAGCCGCUGCCGCCGCCAAUCUAACAGGAACUCCGCCUCGAGAGAACUCCUCUUUGCCCAUUCCACCUGUGCUGGACUCUUCUCGUGUGCCAUGGCCAAAGGAAAAGGGAAGGGGCCCAAAGGGAAGAAGGUCACCUUGAAAGUGGCCAAGAACUGCAUCAAGAUCACCUUUGACGGGAAGCACCGCUUGGACCUCAGCAAAAUGGGCAUCACCACCUUCCCCAGGUGCAUCCUCAAGCUGGCUGACGUGGACGAGUUGGAUCUCAGCAGGAACAUGCUCAAGAAGAUCCCAGACUCGAUCGACAAGUUCCAGAACCUCCGCUGGCUCGACUUGCACAGCAACCAGAUUGAAAAGCUGCCCGAAACCAUCGGCAACUUACAGUCCCUCGUCUUCCUGAACCUCUGCAACAACAAACUGACGGCCAGGAGCCUGCCGAUGGAGCUGAACCAGCUCAAGAUCCUCCGGAACCUAAACCUGGGCCUGAACCACAUCGACAACCUCCCCACCACUCUGGGGGCCCUCAAAGAGCUCCAGGAAGUCGGGGUCUUUGACAACUUGCUGACCACGAUCCCAAACAGCAUCAAAAAGCUCCCCAAGCUGAAGAAGCUGAACACCAAGAGGAACCCCUUCCCGGGGCCCACAGAAGAGGAGCAAUUCAUCGACAGCAUCAAGCGGCUGGAGAGCCUGUACGUGGUGGACGAGAAAGACCUUUGCUUCUCCUGCCUGAGGAAGUGCCAAGAAGAGCGGGACAAGGUGAACAAGCUGAAGAACACGGUGCCCGCCCCGCUCCGCAAGCCAAACUUCUCGAGCCUCAUGACGCCCAACUCUCUGGCCAAGGACAACCAAGCGGAAUGGAGAUGAAGGGAGGCAGGCAGAGGCCCAGGGCUUUGGCAUCCGGCCCUUGUAAACAAUCCCAAACAAUAAACAGGCUCCUGACAGCACUGAAAGAGGAACCAACUCUUCUGGGCAUCCCUUGUCAACCUGGCAAACAAAACUCUGUCCCCACAUGGACCUCUGUUGAUUGUGCAAAAGGCAAGGGGGGUGGGGGUGGGGGGUGGGGGCUCUGAGUAGCUUCUGUCUCAGGAUCAGCCAGACGGCCAGUUCUGGCAACACUGCACUUCAGUCAAGGGCAGACCUCAACAAGCUAGGAGAGAGGAGAGCUCUUGCGCCCAGGCACGCCUGCCCGUUCCUUGGGCUUCGACACAACUGAGCCCAGAGCCUGGCCGUGCCUCAGUGUGCGUUCACAGCCACUGCAGGCAUAUGCUGCCCUUCCAUCUGCAUGCAGACAUGAGCACAAAUAAACACACACACACACACCAUGUCUGCCUGAACGGGAACUAAUGUAGCCUUCGCAGCAGCGAGUUACUUAGGUGCUGUAGUGCGUGCAUGCACAUAUGACAUUGCUGGGUGAGAGCCUGAUUGGCAGAUGCACAUUCCACUCUUCUCAGUGAAGAGAGGCAGUGCCCACAGGCACAUAGAGGAGGCCAGGAGACCUCCCUCAUUGCCACAGGAACCCUGAGAGUGAGGGAUCCCCUGUAUCCUGGCGGCUGUUCUAAGGGAGUCCAUUGCAAACUAUUUUAGGAAUCUUUUUUAGGAAUCGGUUAUACCUCUAACUUGUGAGUUCACAUUAUUCAAAAACUUAAGUUUAAAAGGCAAAGGUAAUAAAAGGUGACAUAUCGGCUA